UUAUUCAAUUCAUCGAAGAGCGAGAGAUAGUAACAAGUAAUAACAAUUACUUAGGGCCCUUCACUGAGCUGAAAUUCGCAGUAGCACCAAUUUUAUUCGACUAGCGAUAAAAGCUCCUAUAAUGAGUCAAACACUUAAUACUCAAGGUUAUUAGAAAUACAUUGUAUUACAAGUUUGUGACCCGUUUUACAAAAGAAAAAGAAUCUAGGCUAUUAGGAUUUAAAGUAGACGCGAUUUCCAGGAUGAGAUUCUUAAAUAACUAGCGAAUUAACGGAACUAGUUAAAACAAAUCAAUUAUACCUCAUGCCAGAAGCAGUUCAUUAGUUUAUAAUCAAAAUGAGCUAAUCUAAUAUGAUAUAUUCCCUAUGACUCUUAACAGAUUUGCGUGCUAAUCCUAAAAACACGUUGUGAUGUAGGUUCAAACCCUGGCUCAGACACAUCGUUUUCUGCUGGGAGAUAGCCGGCAGUAGAUGGAAUGCCUAAUGAGCAAUACCGAAAAAAAAAAAGACAGUAAAAUUCGAAACUACUAGAAGACUACUCUGCUAUAGCGUGCUUAGAUUUGUUUCUGAAUAUUUUUUAAUGACAAACUAUUUGCUCCUGUUAAGGAAAUAAUUGACUGUGAAUUAAGACUUCGAUUUGUGUAUGUCCCAAUUAAUUUUAUAGAUGUGCGGACUCAAUACGACGCUCAAUCAUAAACCUUCGCUUCGUCGUUCUAACAUCUUAAAUUUCCCGCCAUUGGACCGACCGUGUUCUGCGUGUUGACCGAUAUAUUUAUAUAGACGCAUACACACACACAGACACACAAACACACACGCAACAACCAUCUGUUUGCAGCCUACAACAAGUUUUAACGUUCAAAUCCAGCUGGUAAUGUAGUGACCAGAACAAUUAAUGCACGUAGUUCAUUUUGUUUCCUUUACAAGCUCAGCAGCUGUCAUAAUGUCGGACGCGCAUUUUCCAAUCGACAUUUCCGUCAACAAAUUGCUCGAAUGGCUUGUGAGUCGUCGACAUUGCUCAAAGGAUUGGCAGAAAAAUCUCGUGCCGGUAAGGGAAAAAAUUAAUAUAGCUAUUCAAGACAUGCCAGAACUUGACGAAGUUCGUGAACUUCUAUCCGGAUCAUUUAUUAACUACUUCAACUGUCAACGAUUGGUGGAAAUUCUUAAGGAAACCGAAAAGGAUACUAAAAAUUUUUUUGGAUGCUAUUCGUCGCAGAGGAUGAAAGACUGGCUUGAGGUUAUUCGGCUAUAUAAGGUUGACAAUGUGUACCUUGCUGACGCAGCCCAGCAGUUAACGCGCACGAUAAAUUAUGAGAUUCCAUCUAUGAAACGACAGAUCAAUAAAAACCGUCAACUUCAGGAAGAAAGCGUUAGCAAAGAAGAGGCCUACCUCAAAAGCAGCGCUGAGGUACGGACACAGUUUGAACGAGAGUGCCAGAAGCUCGGAAUUAAGGGCGUGCAUGUUAAGUCGGAGCUGCUGUCGCUCUUAAAGGAACUGCCUGGGGUUUUUGAUGAUGUUGCGAACAGUGUGGCGGAACUUAAACCAGCUAUAGAUUUUUACCGGGCCUUUAUCAACUUCACCCUAGGACACAAUCUUCCAGAUGCCGAAUUUCUCCCUCUUACACACUACAUCCUAAAAAAAGGGAACACAACGACAUACGAAUGGCGAAGCGGGCGUGUGCCCGAUGUUGUUGCUGAGCGGCGUCCGUCAUCACCAGUUAACAUAGAAACAGCUUCUGAUGAACAGAUUAAUUUUGGAGAUUCUGCCGCCGAUGAAGCUAUUUCGCUUGAAAGCACCUCACAAUCAAAUGGCGAUUUUGUUCAUCUUGAUCAGAUCGAUUUUGGAGCCGACGGUGACGAUAACAUUUCGUGGGAUAUCGCUAUUCAGGAUGACGGCUCAGGAAGUAAUGAAGCCGCAAAUGGAGGCAUUUCAGGUAGCGAUGAGGGAGGCGCGGACGUAGCGCAGGGAAUAGAUGCACUCUCUGUUCUACACAAUCCUACUACACGGGAAAUGUUUCUUAAUGAACUGCGAGAAAUCGAGUGUUUUCUGACACAGCGUCUUGAAGAAAUGUUAAUCGAAGGUGAUGUAUUACUAGUGAGCAUCAUGCAGAAGGCUACAGAAGCCAUACAGAGCCAGAGCGUUGCCUCGGUUCACGCUAUGGUGGAACGCGUAAAGGCGCUUCUCGGGUCGCUUACCAGCCACAAGAUGCUUCACCUCUACCAAUUGCAUUCGUCACCAAAAUACGUUGAUCGUUUGGUGGAGCAACUGGAACACAAGCUGUAUCUUACCGAUAAGUAUAUUCAGAGCAGGGACGCCGUUAUUGCACGACGUCAAGAAGCCCGGACGGACCAAGCCAAGCUUGAGCCCCAGCUGGAGGUGAUCGCAAAAAAGGCCAAGGUUCUUCGCGGUCAGAUCGAACAGGAGAUCUCGAACAAAUACCAAGGUCGGCCAGUUAACUUGAUAGGAAUCAACUUCUAAAAGAAAACAAGUGUUCUACUUUUAAUAUAUCGUUCUCUUUGUUAACUCAGUUACAAUUUGCUGCCGAUUCUUAAACUACGAAACUACAUUUUUCAAAUUUACUUGCCGUAAUUGCAUUUUCAAGGGGGAUGACUGUGAAAGCCUGCUUAUAGUUCUCGGAUGUAGUACAUAAGAGCAAACUAAGUAGCAAUGCUUCCAUGGGCUUGGUGUAAAAACUGAGAAAGUGCUGGAUUUGUAAAGAUACACUAAAUAUUUAGAAUAAACGUUGUUUCGUUUACUGUAUCCCGUUUGUCUUUGUUGGAUGUCUUACUACCUACAGUAUUUAUUCUGUGCAGGUCA